AUGAAGAGCCGCGCACGCAAGCCGCUCGCGGAGGCGACAAGGAGGGCCGCGCAACCGUCGUACCAAAGUGAGGACGCGUGCGAGGCUGAUUUCUCGCAUCACUCGUCCGGCGCUGUCCCGAUGUCGGUGCACGCCGUGGAUGUGGGUCACGAUGAUGACACGGUUGGCACAAGCAGUGGGGGCAACACCGAGUAUAUUAUGCGGGGUGGUACGGCCGCACCUGGGGAUGAUGCGACAAAUAAGCGCAACGCGAAGGUCACCACUAAUCAGGCGGGCGUGCUGUGGCAACGCUGCCUUCGGCUCUGUUGCGUGGCUUCUCGCCAUAUAUUUCACCCCUGCGUUGGCUUGGCCGGAGAGAAAGACAGGCGUGCGAGUACCCCCGGUGGGGAGGGCGACAAUCGUGGCUCGCUUAAGACGCCGCAGCGCCUUCGUCGGUUACGCGCAGGCUCGGUUCUGCGUCUUCUCGCGUGCUUUACCGCUUGGCUCAUUGUUGUAAUGUUUCUUGCCAUGAGGGGUGAAGAGAUCGUUGGCAUGAGCCAGCGGAAUGCGAUGCAGGUGGGCUUUUGGGGGCAGCCCUUGUUGGACUGCCAGUGCGCCAGCAAGGAGCUUAUCGCGGAAGCGGAGCAGCUUGGCUCAAUGCUGGCCGAGUCGGAGACGACGACGACUACUCUUGGUGGUGGUGGAAAUAACGGUCACGGCGUUGCGCAGCGCGAGCCGCGCCGGCUGGUGGAGACCCUUGCCGCGGUUAAGCGUUGGUUUCAUGCGAUGGUAUUCGGCUCCGUGCGACCCACGAAAGUGGGUUGCGUAGAGCGCAAUCCGCUAUCGUAUACUUUCCUGCACCGAGAGGCAGUGCCGUGGAUGACUAUCACUGCUGCUGCUCACCGAACAAAGAAGGAAUGGUCUGCCGACCCACGCGGUCGCGAAUCUCUCUUGCCUUUCCCAGUGCCCUCUUCCGCAGAGGAGCGAGGGCGUCUUUGGCAGGAGCUACAGGCAGACCCCACACGGAUUGGCCCUGGCGGCGCUACUGAGGAGAUCAGUGUUGCCGUCAGUGGCAAAUGGGGUGACUUCCGGAGCUACCUGUGCGAUGAUCCUCCGAAUGCGACGCCCGUUGCGGAGUAUUACCUGGACCCGGUGCGCGUGUCACUGCUCGACCACAUGAACGGGGGGAAACAGGGGCGCCCUGCACCGUCGGUCUGUGACGGCUGUGCUUUUCACUGCGUGCAUCCACGCCUCGUGCGAGGCAGCUGUGCGGGCCGGACUGGCGUUGAGAGUGAUGCCAGUGCGGAGAGCUGCGACAGUGGGGAUGCGGCGAUUUCGUGGGCGGUUUCUCUUGAGGACGUGGAUGCUGGACUUGUCCAUGUCCCCUCUGGCAGUGGUGAGAGCGUCGAAGUGACACGCAAUGACCUCUUCACUUGCAAGUUGCUGAAUCGCAAGAAGGGCAGGGACAUCGGCAGACGGGUGAACCGCUACAGCCAGGACCCCACGAACCACCACCUGCUGCUAUCCGUCGAUGUGUGGCUGACCCACUUUGACAACGGACUACCGCUGUUCUUUGCCAAUGACAUGCGUGCCUCGCAGCAGGGGUCCGCUGACGGCGGUAACGUGUCCAUCAAGCGCCUCCUGCCGGUGCACACGGGCUUUGUUCACGGCGAGUCACUCCAGUCAAUUCCGUUCUAUUCGCUCCAGACGACGUACUGGCUGCAGUACGAUUCUGUGUACCUGCAGAGCGUGGUAAGGCGACCGGAUCAGGUACCUUUGAUGCCGACGGCAUCCGGUGAACGGGCCCCGGCACCCACCCGCUUCGGGACAUGGACAAUGACGAGCAUACAGUUGCGCGACUUUCAGCUGGUGGUGUACUUCAAUCAGUUGCGCCGUCGGCUGCUGCGUGGUGAAGAAGCGGACGCGUUCAUCCCGCUGACAGCACGUGACGCGCCAGCAGUGCUGCCGUGGGCGUCGGUGAGGGCGGCAGAUAGAGGGUCUGCAUCACGUGCGAUGGCGACCGGGGAGCUGGCACGACUCGGCUUUGAGCUGCUGCAUGGUGCGAACCCGAUGAUGCUGCCGAUGUACGGAGAUGACAUGCGCUCACCGCUGCAGCCGGUUGCGUGGCGCCCGCAGACGUCGGCGGAGUGGUCUGGACGUGCGGCUGUAGGCAAAGACGCGCGGUCGCCUCCUCGUAUCCGAGCAAUUGCAGUGAUGAUUAGUAAUUGUCGUCAUAACCGCAUGAGGUGGCUGUCUGAGCUCUGCCGCUACUACCCAGUGCAUAACUACGGCCGAUGCGUAAUUCCGAAGCCGACUCCGUUGCCGGGGGACGCGGUGCCGACACCGGGUAUUCCGCAGUGUGCCAAGAUGUCCAUUCCGUUUGAGUGCGGGCGGGGCGCUAUCCAGAAGCGGCACAAUGAUGCACUGGAGUCGAUAAGGAUGGCGAACGAGAGCCUCCGGCGCGGCAAGACGACUGUGCACAAGAUGCUGCACUCCGCUAAGGACUACGGUGUGCGAUGUGUGUUCCGCAAGUACCGAUACGCGUUACCCUUUGAGAACAGCUUCGAGGACGACUACGUGACAGAGAAGGUGUACAACGCGCUGCUGUCCGGAGCUCUGCCGCUGUACAUUGGUGCGAUGAACAUCGCGGACUUCGUGCCGAGUGUCUUGCGGAGGUCUGGCGACGAGGCUGAGCAGUUUCGCGGUCUCUCUGUCGUUCCGGUGCUGCAGAUGUUUCCUCUGCUCAACGAGACGGCGUGGCGCCGGGAGGCGAACAGCGUGUUGGAGUCGCAGGAAAGGGACGAGGUGAUGACGCGGCAGGUGCUGCGCACGCAUGCCGCGGUGCUGCGGGCGCAAGCGUCCAAGAUAGCGCAGGUUGUCGAGGGCGACGGUGCCGCGGCUAAGAAGUACGCGAGCACAAUGGCUUCUGCAUCGGCUGUAGCGUCUGGCCUGGAGAUGGCCGUGCAGGCGUCGCGCCACGUCUCCCAGCACCACUACAUGCUGUACACCGAUGCCACCUAUUCGACAGAGACCGUGUUGCUAAGGAAGAAGUACGGCGAGCCUGCAGAGGCGAAUGCGACAUGGGCCGAUGGCGCGUUGAGUAGCGAUAGCACAUCUGCAGAGCGCGCGUUUUCGAAUCCAGCCGGGACUUGGCCGCCGUUAUUGGCAGAGGCAAAGGCCAAUGCGACGGAUGCCGCCGACAGAGCCGGUCAUGUGGCCGAUGGUGAUAAUAUCGGUGCGGUGGUGCCCUUGCCGGAUGACCCCUCUGCGUACUUUUUGGGCUACGGCCAGUGCAGCUACCUACAGCACGUGCACAGUGAUGCGCGUGAUGCCAUCAGUGAUGGUGCGGUGCCGAAGAGCAACUAUACGGGGACACGUGAGCACCUUGCGUUGAGAACGAGCUGGUUGCUGACGCCCAACACCGCUCGGGGCUUCUUGAAGGAAGUGGCUGAGAGUCGAGCACGCAACGCGACGCUUGCGAAGACGAGGCGGCGUGCAGUGGAGGUGUUCCCUGAGCUGAGUGGUGAUGAUGCGAUAGCGAAGCGCAGGCUUCGCUCAAUGCCUCGUCAGGUGCAGGGCGACGCGUACUCGCGGCACUUCAACCGUGUUGAUGUGCCGCCCGCAGCAGCGUACGAGCGCGAGCUCUCUGCAACUGCGGUGCCCGGUGGCGCCCCCCCGCCGCCGAUGAAUGGAUUCGCACAGCUCGCUGCGUACCUGCGUGCCCUUGACGAGAACCCGGAUUUGAUCGACGAGGCGGGGUACUUUGACUGGUGGCGUGCGGAGCGGAUGGAGGACCUCGGCGACGCCUUCUUGAGCGCCUUGUACCGGGAGAACCCGCUGUGCUCGAUAUGCGCAGCUGCACUAGAGAAGAAGGCGGCGCAGAAGGGAGGCACCGCAACCGGACCGACGCACGACAGGAGUGCUGCUUGA